UUGCAUCUAAUAAUCUAAAUUUACUAAAGCCAGGCUUUUUAUAUACCUGUGAUGAUAUUGGAACAGAUAAUAUUGAGUCAAGUCUAUCAGUAGCAAUUAAAAAAUGCUAUCAAACAAUUUUUAAUACUAAACCUGAAUAUUUUGAAAAGUUUUCUGUGGUUAUAAUAAGCAUUGGUGACCUGGAUGAAGAUAAAUUCUAUGGAGUCAGUACUGGAUUUAUUUUAUUGUUUACUACGUAUUACCAUGGUGCACAACUCCUUUUUAUAUUCAAAAUUGAUAAAAAUCAAUGUAUUCUAAAAAUUUAUUGGGAAUCAGUGUGUAUUAACAAAAAUACAGAAGAAACUCCAGAUAAGGGUUGA